AUCACGCACGCACGAUCGCUACGAUGCUUGGUGUUGGUUACGGCUGCUGUCAGAAUUUGGAAAGGCAUUGCCUGCGGUGACAACAUAUGUGACAAACACAGCCGGGGGAAAAUCGCGGACCAAACAGUCUGCUCGUGGAUUUCAUCGAUGGUGAAUGGUCUGGCCCGGACGGAAAGACGGAUCGGAUCGGAUAGUGUGUGGUGUGCGAAGUGUCGUCUAUAGACCAUGACCAAGUUUAACAAAAAUCUUUGUCGGAAAACCAGUACGGGUUCGUGCCAACAGGAACUGAAACACGGUUACGAAAUCGAACAUCGAAGUGAUAACGGAAGCGGAAUCGGAAUGUUGGCGGGAAUGAACUUUGGAUCGAUGCAUAGAAGUGCAGUCACCGGAAGUGAAAGUGAUUUUUUGCGUGGUUUCGGCUCAAACGGGUUGUCCGCCGAACAGAAGCUACAGCUAAACAUACAACAGUUACAGAUCCGGCAGAAGCAGCUACAGUUGACCGACUAUGACGAUAAUAGUGAAAGCUCGGAAGAGCACGUGUUGGCUCCGACUGCCGGAUGUAUGGCCAGUCCUAAUCGGCCCUGCUUGACGUGGGCAUGUAAGGCAUGCAAGAAGAAAACCGUUACCGUGGAUAGACGGAAAGCAGCGACACUGCGGGAAAGGCGAAGGUUGAGGAAGGUGAACGAAGCAUUUGAAGUGCUGAAACGACGAACCAGCACGAAUCCCAACCAGCGAUUACCGAAGGUGGAAAUCCUCCGGAACGCAAUCGAGUACAUCGACAGUCUGCAGGCACUGCUAGAGGAAGCACCCCCGAUUCGACAGAGUCCGGAUAUACUCACCGACAGCAGUUCGGCAUCCAGCUUUUCGUCACCCCAGGACUACAUGAACUGCUGCUCCAACAGUUACUUGCGGGAACGAUUACACCAGCUCAGCAAGGACAGCGAUCGCUACUCCCCGAUUACAGGCCACACACCAGCGAGUGCAGCGGCCAACGGCUCUAGCUUGGAUUGCCUAAAUCUGAUCGUACAAAGCAUAACCAACGUGACAACGGCCGCGGUGGCAGCGGCGUCCGGUCCGAGUGGUACAUCAUUGCAUCAAAUCUCCUUUACAUCGCCUUCGUCGCCUCCGCUACCACCGUCGUCGUCGUCGUCGUCGUCGUCGUCAUCCUCCUCGUCAUCGUCAGCAUCGGCGUCUCCACCGUCGUCGGGAAUGGUGGCAAAGACGACACUUUCGCUACCGUGAACUCAGAAAACAAAACAACAAAGUACCACCAUCACAGUAAACCAGUAAAUCUUGCAACGAAAUGCCACAGUUCAAAUAAUAGUGCCUAGUUUUUUGAAACCGGCAGCCAGGCGUUGUUGUAAGGUUUUCCUAAUUAAUUGUAAAUAUUCGCUACGUAGAACAUAAACAAUGCGUUUUCGUGCACGCCACUGGUGACGCAAGAGAGGACAUCGGUCGGAUUCCUGCCAAACGGGGGUGGGAGCCGGGAAAUAACAAUGGCGCGGCAGUGAGCGCUAGCUGCUUUCCGAAGUCAUUAAAAUGCCAAAAAUUGCUUAAUAGGAAACGCAGAGGUAGAAUGCUGUUACAUAUUUUGCGCCAACUUAGAGUCUAGGAAUGUGAUUAUAAGCUUUUUGUACAUUUUAUCGGAAAAAGAAUAAUUAAAAUUACAAAUGAA